AGAAAUAUUAAAUGUGUAUCUGAUAUUGAAUCAGUUAUAGCUGUGCUAGCUGAUAAAAACGUUUUAGAUAAUAAAUUUUUCAACACAAUAGACUUUAAAAUGAAGAUGGAGGCUGAUUUGAGGAAGGAGCAGUUAAAGAAGGCUACAGACAGGAUACAGCGUGAAAUUGAAGAGGUCACUGAGCGUGAGCACGAGUUGAGAAACGUCGGAAGUAUUAAAACAACAUCACACGAAACUGUUGAUUCUAAGGUUCGGCGGAUGCCACAAGCAUUAAUAUCGGGAAAGUUAAAACGCACUACGUCGACACCUCAGAUAUUGGAGCCUUCAGUUACGCUGACAUCAGUCAACAAUAAAAAUAGUAUCAACAAUCAUCUCAUACCCAAAAUGACUAAUGGAGUAAUAUCAGCACGUACAACGCAAACCCCGUUGAGGUUCGCUACCUCACCCAGUCAAAAAGGAUUAAUGCACAGGUUCCUGGCAACCCGCGGAAGGAUUUUCAACAAAAACUCAUCACCACCUGCCGAUUGUUUGUCACCACCUCCGACUCCAGCAAUAGUUUUGAACCCUCAGAGCAUUCGUGCUCUGAGCAAAAGCUUGGAGGUGAGGAUAGAACCUGAUGACGAGCCGAAGAAACCACAGACCAGGAAAGGAUACGUUCCGGUUGAAGAGAAAAUUCAGAGAGAACUCAAUGAUAUGAAAGAACGAGAAAAUGAAUUAAGGUUGAUGAGGUCAAGGAUGCUGGCUAAAUCUCAGCCAAACCUGAUUGAAAUCGGCAAUGACAAUGAUUCAGAUAUUUACGAUGGCUCGAAUUCUCUAAGAAGUGGGACAUCCUCGAAUACACUUAAUGAUGAUGACUCAGAUCGAGGAGAAAAUAGAGGUGGCAAACACAAACCAAAUCCACGUCGUCGUAGUACACUUAUUGCUCAGUGGGAAAAUCUUAUUGCCGCUAACAAGGAGUCUCUGGAAAAUGGAAAUGAAAAUGAGAAUAAUGUUUAA